AUGGAUACCCUCAUCGACAAGUUCAAGAGGGAGCAAAGCGGUCUACGACGCUCCAGAUCCGUCCGCGCUUCCCUACGACUGAUCGGCCACCGCUGGCGGUCCAAGGACGAGGAUACCACAGAUGAUAUCGAUAAGAUCAAAAACAACGGAAUCUUAUUCACAAAGCCGACGAUCUGGACGGAGAAGGAGUACGACGUCGCAUACACGGGUAUUGAAGGAACGUACAAACCAAAGACACCAGCCAUGGCGAAGCGGAAACCGGAACCGCCUAAACAGAGGAAGAAGAGUGGAGACAUCGACUUAAGUUUGAAGCCACAGCGGCCGAGGAAAGUGGAAAAAAAGUUUAGUGACUUGUUUUCAAAUAAAAAACAAAAGAGUGUGUCAGCUAAGGAACUAAUAGUGCCAGACAAAAUACCACCGAAAGCAGCUGCCAUCUUACACAUACAUUCGCCGGAGAGUGACAAAACCAAGAAGAAAUUGAAAGGGAUGGGAAAAUCGGAGUCUGCAAAAUCAAUGACUGAGUUGAUGACUCAUAAGCGCGUGCGUCGGGGUUCGGAGAGUGAUAUGUGCCCGAACCAAUCCCGCGGUUGUGUCAACCCUGCGUUUGUGUACAGUACACCACCAAAGGACAGGAAAAUGCCGCUGUCUCCCACGGCGUUUCUGAAGCUGCAGUACGGCGCGCUUCUCGAAGGGUGCGGGGGGGAGUUGCCGUCGUUAAGCGCAUGCGCCCCCCACCCCCCGCACCUCGAUAAGGCAACACGUCGACAACAGAAGGAUGCGCGCGCGCAACAAGACAAAAUUGCACAAGUUAACAUACAUUUACACGCUCUGUUUGCAGCUGUCGAACAUGGCUACCUCGACAAGGCGCGCAACAUUCUGGAGUCCACUGAUGUCGACGUUAACAGCCUCAACGCAGACGGCUUGUCACCGUUGGACGUGGCGGUGCUUGCAACCAACAGACAGCUUGCGAAAAUGCUUAUGGAAUUCGGAGCCAAGGAAGGAACCCAAUUCAAGAACUCAGACUCAUUGGGAACACAUCUGCGGCGGUUGGCUCGCGAGGCGGAGUCUAAACUACACGAGGUGACAGGCUGUGCACCGGAGAGAACUUGCAGAGAAGAUGCCUGUACCAGAUCAUCGGCUGCUAAUCAAGCUGGCACGACGGGAUGUGCUGGUGGUGCUGGCUCUGAGAAAGACAAGCAAGCACAACAUUGGGAGAGGAGAGUUAGGACGCUCAAGCGUCUAGUAGCAGGCUGGCAACAAACCCGCGUACCACCAGCUCCCCCAGCACCAGAGCUCGAAGUAUGUGGAGCUCAUGCCGUCACCGUGCGACUGAAGGACACCCGAGCCAUGCAGCCCAUUGCCAAGGACCAGCCCAUCAUCACCAAGUAUAAAGUCGAAUGGUCAUCUCGAGCGGACUUCUCCAACGUAUGUGGUUGCCGUGAGGUGGCCGCGUCAGGCACCAACAGUGGUACAAAAGUUCUGGCUGCCGGCCUGACUCGCGGCAGACGGUACUUCUUCAGAGCUGCUGCAGGGAAUAUCAAAGGAUGGGGCGCCUACACCGUAUCUGUUCCUAGGAGUGUGGUGCCUAGCAGUUGGCGUGACGUAUGCGCACGUGGUUGUCGUGGAUCAGGUGGGGCCGCCGCUGCUCUGGAAGCUCUGACGGCGGCGGCUGCCAGCGCGCGCGCAAGACCUUUAGCACCGCACGCACGCCUGCCACGAAAGAAGACAGCUACCAUCCGACAGCUCUUCACUGCAGCCAGCAAGUUCCAGAAGAACCUCAGAAGGGGCGUCUACCUUGCUUGCAUCUUAUACCAUGAGGACAAAGUAUUAGUCACCAGCGAAGAGUUCCUCCCGGUCAUCGAAGUGGAUGAGACCUACCCUACCUGUAUUUACACCGACUUCCAUUGGCUCAUGAAGGUGUCAUGUUCUUGGGAUGACGUGAAGGCGCUGCGGUCGGACAUGGAGAAGCACACAUCUUCCUCCAUACACUUCAGACUGAAACUCCUCACUGCAGCCGCUCAGAUGCAGUCAGCAUUGUGCAUACAGGACUUAGGUCAGCUGUACCACAAGCCUCUCCGCGAUUCUCACGGCACAAUCGUCCUGUCAUGUGUGAACAGCGUGAAGUCAGUGAAGUCAGUGUCCGCGCUCAACUCGCGCUGGGCGGCCGUCUCCAGGCUGCGGCGGAGAGUGCUCAGUGAAGACAAUACCAUUGGGGAACUGCUCAUGGCUUCUGUUCAUGAACAGAUCGCUUAUCAUCAGGUAUCUCGUGUACAACUGCCCCGUGGAUUGUACUUGGGCUACCUGAAGCUGCAGUCGUCGGUGGAGGUUGUGAGGAUCGUGGCCCCCGCCCGCACUCCCAACGUGCCGCCACACACGCGCGUGCGAGACAAUCCACAUGUUUCGGCUGAAGAAUGGGAAUACCUGAAAAACCAAUCGGGCAAGUUGGAGGACCCACAAACGAUCAACAGUCUCGCCAUCAUUGGCCAGGAGAAACCCUCAGAAUCUCAAGAAAUGUUCCUCGAUCUUAUCGCCUCAGGCGCACGAAGACUCUUCAAGGAGAUGGACAUUCCAAUAGAAAGUGUCAUAUCCCACCGAAUAUACGACCUUGAAGUAGUCGAACUAAACAACGACGUCAGUUUUAUCAUGAUAUGUCCGCCCGCGGAGCAGGCCUGCUCAGUGCCAGGCCAGAAGGAAAUUCUCUUACAGAAAGGUGAUCUACUCAGCUUACCCAUACAAGCAUUUGAAAUGAUCCACCUACAGACGUACCACACAAACAUUCUGCAUAAAUACUCAAAGCUCAGCUGUGUUCUAGAAUUGGAUGUAGCUUUAGCUGCUCACUCACAUAGAGAAGCAUUUUCUUGCACAGAACUACAGACAGCCAAAGAGAGACUAACAAAACUAGAAGACUUGCAGAAUAAUCUAAAUACAGUGUGGAAGGCAGAACGAUGGCUCAUGGACCUUAUAGGCUUCGCGAGAGAUAAAGACAAGGCAGCGCCAAGUUCUGGCAUAUUGCUCAAAUACAUUUUAGACAAAACACCGUCACAGUCUGCGGAGAAUCCUGUAGAGGUCAAUGAGACAGAUAGCAAAUUUAAAGACUUUCUUCAGAUACCUUCGAGAGAUGGCAAAAUUACCAAAACUUCCCCUGGUCGAGGGUCAUGGCCUGGCCCUGCAGGUAACGGUAACCACGCCAACUUACAUCCAGAGUUCAGUAAAUCCGAACAACAGUUAAGUCUCUCUCCUCGGCAGACAUCAGUGUCUACUAUGAAUUUAUGCAGCUCGCAAUUCUUAAACCCGGACUCGGAUAAAUUUCCAAGAAAAGGCAGUGCCGACUCCCAGUACACACAGUCCAGUGCUAUGAGCAACAAUUUCAUGAGUAGUAAUUCACAAUUCGAUAUAAAGUCUUCAGCUGGUUCUCACAACAGCAUUGGUAGCAAUCGGUUACCGCCAUCUCGAAGUGAAGAUACCCUGGUACUCCAAAACGAAAACGUCGAACCGAAGCCCAGACCGCACAGCAUCAACGCUAGUUCUACUACAUCAAGUCCUCUGCUAACAGUGAAGGGAUAUUAUCCAGGAAGUAUGAUAAGUGUUCGCACGUCUAAAGGUAAUGUUUCUGAGUCCGCCCAAAGUCUGUCAAGUGAUUCCGAAAGUCAAACCUGUCCACUGACGACAGUUCCUUUGAAAGUCCGUCCUCAAGGGAAACAUUAUAGGGCCCCUUGUAAUGUUAUAGCAUCAAAAAGUAUGACGAAUGUAAAAGGAGACGUAGACUUCACAGACACAGGGCAGGAGUACGCCAAGUCAAACCUGUGCGUCAAACGUCAGCCAUUGUUGGAGACGCAGGAGGACGCUGAGUAUAACAAUAAAGUUCCAAAGACUGAUGAGAGAAGAGAGAGCGAAGAUGCGAAGACGCAGGAGCAACGGGCUCAAGACCAAGCUGGCAUUCUACAGGUAUUCGCUGCAUACGAAACCGGUCUGGCGGCGGGCACCUCGCUCAAGCUGCACGUGACGCCGCGCACAUCGGCGCGGGAAGUCAUCGACCUAGUUGUCAAACAACUCAACAUGGCCGCCGUGCUAAAAGGCAAAGCAGGUCCCGUUUAUGGCCCGGAGAAACUACAGGACUUCUGUCUUGUAGCCGUUAUCGGCGCUCGCGAAAGAUGCCUCCGAGACGACUUUAGACCUCUGCAACUUCAAAAUCCGUGGAGAAAAGGAAGAUUGUACGUCAGGCUCAAACACGAUGUGUUGGCAGCGCUGCAACAUUCAGCCAAGCAGCCUGCCUACAUUUGA